UAAUCUUGUUACGUUUUAUGAUUACAGAUUCGUUUGGCCCCUGUUAGUUACCUCAUUGGCGUUAGUAGCGGCGGCUUUUGAAUUGAUGUUCAUUUACCACGGGGUUGCUACGAAGGAUUAUUCAUUUGCCACUGAAUCUUUUUGCUAUUUUAUUACUUUGUUUGCAGUCCCCAUUGUUAACACAAGUUUUCUUGUCAAUAGAGGAAAGCUUGUGGAGCUGCUGUAUGCAAUGGAUAAGGAUUUUCAGUAUAUUUGCAAUUUGGAGUCAAAGUACAGAAACACUUUUCUCAAAGGACAACUGCUGAUAUGGCAACUGUGUAUAUCGUGGUUUGGUUUCACCCUGACGAUUGCCGUUAUGUAUUUCUCCAGAACAUUAGCAAUCCUUUUGUAUCAAAGCUUAUUUGCGACUCAAACUGAACACCUCAUAAGGCCUCUGAUGUUUCCUUUUUGGCUUCCGAACGACGAUCCUUUUCGUACUCCUAACUACGAAGUGUUUCUUUCUCUUCAAAUAUUCAUCAGUGCGAUAAUUGUCCCACAGGUAUUCUGCGUUUAUGUUUACAUCCUAUUUCAUAUUUUCCUGCAUUACUAUUACUUGAUGAGUAUGAUAAUCUACGACUGCGAAGUACUUUUCAAUGACCUCGACCCCGGCGUGGUGGGACUCUCCAAAUAUGACCCUCGUCGAAUCGAAGUGCAAUCUGUGCUUAACAGUAGAAUGAGAAGAAUUGUUGAAUGGCAUAAUUUGGUUAUUAAAUCUAUCGAAACAGUUUCGUCAGUCUGCGGUCCCCCAUUAGUCUACCAAGUAAUGAUCAGCUCAGUACCCAUUUGCUUGAUGGCCUACCAAGUAGCUGACUCGUUGGACCAUGGGAAAUUCAAUGUCAUCUUUGCAAUCCAUUGCGUUGCAAAUUGCUUGCAGCUUUGGAUACCCUGUUACCUCGGGACUCUAUUUAAAGACAAAGCCUUCGCCGUGGGCGAUGCGCUUUGGAGCAGUGGCUGGCACGCGACGCCGCUGGGCCGUCUGCUGCGCAAUGACAUCACGCUGGUCAUCAUGCGCACGCAACAGCCCCUCACCAUCAAGUUCACGGGCUUGCCCAAUCUCGAUCUAGAAACUUUCUGCUCGAUAAUGAGCACAGCGUACUCGUAUUUCAACUUACUGCGCCAGUAUAGUAGCGAUAAUAACUAGAGAGGAUGUCUUAAUAUAGUUAAUAUUAUAUUACUUAGUUAUCUUCUGUUGUCUGAACUCAGUCUAU